GCCGACACCACAGACACCGCCGACAACACCCCUUCCUUGCCACCACAGCCACGCCACCCUCACCACCACGGGACACGCCUCACUUACACCACUCGCGACAAAAGGCACGGCACGGCACGGCAACACACGGCAAUACACGGCAACACUCACAUCAACUCACCGUCGCUCACGCACUCAAACCCGCGACACACGACUACCACACUCCACACAGCAUCCCUGACCUUACCACAAGCACGCUGACCUCUCUCCCGCAUCCUUAGCCCCGGGAAAGGCUACCGUAACGAAACCAACCUCACUCCCGCACCUGUAGCCCCGGGAAACAGACGAGACACACGACUCAGAUAGGACACUUUGCUACCAUAAGGGAGUCAAGCUUAGCGCAGCACCUUUGCCCCCGGGAGAGCCUUGACUAGUGCGUGGGGUGCUGGCUCGUCUACGCAUCAUGUGGGUAUCUGCAGGAUGACGGAAUACUGUCUCCCUCUCUCCUAUGACGGUCCGGCUUGCAAAGAUGGUGGAGCAACACUUCUGUUUGCGGUGGAACAACUACCGCACCAACAUAACAGCGGAGUUUGAAACACUGCGGGAGGGGGAGCACUUUGUGGACGUGACCUUGGCGUGCGAUGGCCAGCAACUCAAGGCACACAAGGUCGUCCUCUCAGCCUGCAGCCCCUACUUCAAAGAGCUCCUGCAGGGGAACCCAUGCACGCAUCCCAUAAUAAUCCUGCGUGACGUGGCGUACACACACAUGAGGAGUUUACUGGAGUUUAUGUACGCGGGGGAGGUGAACAUCUCCCAGGUCCACCUUGGUGCCUUCCUCCACACUGCAGAGGCUCUGAAGAUCCGGGGACUUGCUGAGUCCUCCGAUGACAGGAAAGACCAUGGUGGGGUGAACAGCAUGUCGCCGCUGUCGGCGCUGAAGUCGUCGCUGAGUGGUCUGGGCAACAUGGGCCUGGGUGGCCUGGGCACUCCCUCCAUCCUGGAGCGCCCGCUGGUGCCCCAGCUCCUGCCCCACCACUCAGACAAGCCCGGACCCCCCCUCCCCGUGCCCCCACACCACCUGGCGCAGCACAUGGGGCCCCCCCCUCUCUCCCUGGCGGGCGCCCCCCUCCCGGCCCCGCAGGUGGGCCCCACCAGCACAAGUAGCAGCAGCAUCAUCACCUCCAGUGCCCCAGCCCUGCCCCAGGGCCCCCUGCCCCUCACAGUGCCCCCUCCCAGGCCGGGCGAACGCCUCCCGCCCCGGAGCCUGCCGACCGCACCCCUCCCUCCCUCCCUGCCACCCUGCAAACGCAUCAGGCUGGAGAAGAGGAACCUGCUGGACACCCCCACCUCCCUGCCAGACAAGAACAGCCACCCCGACCCUACCAACGGAACCCCGGGGGCCGCCGCCGCUGCUGCCGCCACCCCCACCCUCGGCCCGCCAGAGGACCUGACUCACCCUGUGCUCAAGACAGAGCCGGUGGAGAGUGUGACGCCGGACACGGAGGGCGGCACUGGCUGGAGCCAUGAGGAAGGCGACAGCAGCAGUUGUGGUGCCGGGGGCGGUGGCGGCGGCGGCGGCAGUGGCGGCGGUGGUGAAGGUGGGGGAGGAGGCGGAGGCAGAAGUGGAGGCGGUGGUGGCGGUGGCGGAGGAGGAGGAGGUGGAGGAGGAGGUGGUGGAGGAGGUGGAGGGGGCUCUGGGGGGGAGACCACCACCACCCCUGGCCUCACCCCCCCUGGAGGCACACCCCCGGAGCAUGAGAACACUAGUCACCUACUUCAGGCACUCAACUCGGAAUCUCAUCUGCAAGGCGGUGACGGGUCGGAGGAGGCGGAGCGUCCCUUCCUGUGCGGCGAGGACCUGCGGCAGGAGCGGCAUGACCUACGGUACGAGGUGCCGCCGCCGCCGCACCCGGAGCCCCGUGUGGAGCCCCGCCACGAGCCGCCCUUGGACCUGCGGGAGGUGCGUCCCCCCGCCACGGAGCACCAGCGGCCCGAGCCCCGGCCCGAGGUGAUGCCGGUGGGCGGCGGCGAGCGUGUGGCCGCGUCGCCUCCGCUGCCGCCCAGCUCGCUGCCGCACUCGUGCCAGCUGUGCGGCAAGCUCAUCUCAUGCCGCCGCAACCUGUGGAAGCACAUGGAACGCGUCCACUUCAACAACCCCGCCGUCCGCUGCUCGCUGUGCGCCAAGAUGUUCAAAAACAAGUACGCCCUCAAGGACCACCAGCGCAUCUAUCACGGCGGCCUCAGCGAGCCGCCACCGCCGCCCCACUCCGCCUCGCUGCUGUCCCGCAUCCUGCAGGACCCCCGCCACUCCCAACCGCAGCCCCACGACCCCAGACAUCCGCCCCCCAUGGAACUCCAGCAGCCGCCCCUCAUGCCUCGCGAGCCCCACCUGCGGCGGCCCCUGGAACCACACGCCCAGCCGCUAGGGCGUCGUCAUCCCGAGGACGAGGACGUGGGCGGCGCAGGCACCUAUCCCGGCAUGGGCAUGGGCUCCUUGAUAUCACAGUCCCUGGCGCCCAGCAUGGUGGGCAGCCCGUCCUCCCUGGGGGCGCCGCGCCCAGAGUGGCCCACGCAGGACAACCCGCUGGCGCUUGUCAACCGCGCCUUCUUGUCAGAGCUGCACCAGCUGGUCACCAAGGCUGACUAGACGCCCGCCGGUCAUCACCCCGCCACGCCGCCGCGGUGACUGGGAUGCCGCCCCGCCGCACCCGCCUCUUGGGACUGGGAGCGGCGACAGCAGCCACAGCAGGAGCAGCCUGAGGCGGGUUGGUCACCUUAUCUCACUCUCGAUAGCUUUAACCUCCCAGGGGAGUCCCGGUGUUACCAAACGGGAGGAGCCCCACUGUCCUGUCCGCGCCCCGGGCGCCGGCGCGGCGGUGUGGUGGGCGGCGCGCCCCGGCACGGCCGCUGCCGCCGCGCGCCAGGCGUGGACGGGGCGGGGCAGUACAGUACUAGCAGUACUAGUAGUCGUUACCACGAUAGUCUCUCCAGUUGUGUGUUCAGCCGCACCGCAGCUACCCUGUACGUAGGCAGCCUAACACUGGACGCACACGCUUCCCUAACUCACGACUCAGCAGGAGGGGAGUGGGGGCAUUGACCUGACUCGGAUCUUUCAUUCCAGCAUCUUGACCUGUGAUGAGAGCGUGAUACCAGACACUUCAACAUUGGGGUUCUGAUUAAAUUUACGAUAUAUUGGAUUUAUUUAUGUCAAGCAGACGCCCAAAAUGUGCACUAUUGGCUGUGAUAGAAGUAAUGUUGAGCUGUGUGUGGACGUGUUGCCAGACGAGCCUGCGAGGAUCCUGCAGGAAGAUUCUGAAUCAGCAAUCAAUGUGUCCUAUGACUGCCUGAGCCGCGCGCCGCCCGCUGCCCCCAGGCCGGCCGUCUCCCCGCCCACGCGGUCUGCCCCGGCCCGUCCCGCCCGCCCCGGCGCCCGGUUCGCCUUGCCGCUGCUCCUCAGCCGCGUCUUGUUAAUGGUUUCAGCUUUUGUAUUCCAGAUAUAGUUCAUCAGUAUUUGCUCAGACGGUGGCCCAGGCACCGCCGCCCGCCGCCCACGCCCACGCCCACCGUCCCGCCGCGGCCGCGCUCGCCGCCUCCAUGACGCGGCCUCCGCAUGACACUUAAUGCCAUGCGUGUUCCUCGGCGCCCUCAUUCGAGACUCUUGCCUGUGUCGCGGCGCUGUGGCAGCUGGCCCCGCGCCUCCGCGUGGCGUGCCAGCCGCCACGGCGCCGCGUGUGCCGAGGGCCGCACGACAAGAGCUGUGCCUUGCGCUUGUGUAC